AUGGAGGUGACGAGGGAUGUGGGAUUUCGUGGAUCGGCGCCGGAUUGGGCGGAUCGGGAGACCGAGGAUCGGUGGGUGGAUGGGUUGAGGAGAUUGAGAGAAUUCUGUUAUAGUCUCAUUAGAGGUCGUGGCAGCAUCAAGGAUCCAACUUGGGAGGAUAUGAUGAGGGGGAAACUAGGAUAUGAGCACUUGGAUGAGCCUAUUCAGAUUUUAGCAGAGGCAGAGUUGUCAGUUGAUAUUAUCGAUACCCGUCUGAUGCAAGCUCGUGAGAUCUUGGAAGAUUUUCUCAAGCAUGUGGAUGAAUCACAGGAUUUCUUCAAAAAGAAGCAGCUGAGAAAGCUAGUUUUGCUCAAUGGCACGCUUCGUGAUGAAGGGUCAAACAUCUCUGGCUCGUUAUCUCCCUUCAAUGAUACUCUCAGUAUGAAGAGAGCCAAGACCCGAAGGAUAUGUUUUAAGUAUUGUGGGAGUUUGUGUGGAAGGAUCCUUUGGGUUGCUGUAUCAGCUGUGAGGAAUUGUACUCACCUGGAGCUGGUCCAGGUGCAGGAUCCAAUAAGUUCUCCGAGACAUGAGUUGGAGGCAUAG